AUGAUCACUAAUCUUAGACAUUCCAAUCUGAAGUUCGAGGAAGGCAACGAGUGUCGCAUUCUAGUAUGCCCCUCAGGAUUCAAAGAGAGCCUGCAAUCACAUGAGGCCGCGAAUUAUAUCGAACAGGGCAUUCUUCGCGUCUUGCCCAGUGCACAUGUUAUCAAGGCACCCCUGGUCGAUGGUGGGGAGGGGUUCACAGAAGGUCUUGUAGCAGCGACCAACGGUCAGCUCAUCGCUUGUGAAGUUACUGGACCUGUUGGCAAGCCUGUCUUGACCAAGUUCGGAUUCCUUGGGGGUCAGCAACAGAGAACGGCUGUGAUCGAGAUGGCUGCUGCUGCUGGCUUGAGUCUCGUACCACGCGACAUGAGAAACCCACUGCUUACGACUACCCAUGGCGUUGGAGAGCUGAUUAAGCUUGCCCUGGACGCUGGAGCUGAAAAGAUUCUGUUUGGUUGUGGCGACUCAGGAACAUGCGAUGGCGGCGUUGGGAUGUGCCAAGCUCUAGGAGUUAAGUUUUUCGACUCGCACGGACUUGAGCUUCCUCAACAUACAGGUGGUCUUGGCCUGUUCGACCUCUCAUCGGUCGACACAUCGGGCCUAGACAGCCGUUUGGCGCAUGUUUCCAUUGACGUCGCUUGCAACUGGUACAACAUCUUGUGUGGGGAAAAAGGUGUUGCGCGGGUCUUCGGGCCCCAAAAGGGGGCAAGUCCAGCCGAGGUGAACCAACUCGAGGUAUCCAUGAACAACAUCGCGCAGGUCUUUGGACCAAUCUUGAAGACAGAUAUCGCAACAGCCCCAGGAGGUGGAGCAUCUGGAGGACUUGGUGCUGGCUUGAUGCUUAUCGGAGCCCAACUCCACCCUCGCUUCGAUAUCGUGACACGGUUUCUCGAGAUCGACGACCUGAUAGCAGACAGCGAUCUUGUGAUAACAGCAGAAGGAGGCAUCGAUUACCAAACCCCAUAUGGGAAAGUGCCAUCAUACAUCGCCAACAAAGCUCAAAGAUACAACGUACCUGUGAUAGCACUGGCAGGAACGAUUGGCGAAGGUGCCAACCAGUGCUAUCACUAUGGCAUUGAUGCUUAUGCAAGUAUCUUGCAGGGACCCAUGCCCCUAGAAAGGGCGAUCCUAGAGGCUGAGAGGCUUUUGACAGAUGCUGCGGAGACGACGAUGAGGAUGGUGAUGAUCGGUUGGAAUGUGUGCCGUUCAGUCAGCCCCAGUGGUGAGCCUCGGUCACGAUCGAAUAGCAGAGCUGGAAGGAGAGGGUCUUCGCCCAGAAAUAGUAUGACCAAGAUCGAGACAUCUCAGCACCUGACAGUACCAACACUGGUAUGA